ACAUGCAUCUGGACAUUCUGGCGACUACCAGUAUUUAAUCCGUCGAGAUGGAGAGAAAUAGCGCUGAUAUGAUCAAACCUACACAGAAGCGAGGCAUGUCGUGCAAAUUCAUUGCGAUAGUCGGGCUUCAGUUUCUGGCUCAAGCCUCGUUCGGCUUCAUGAGCCCCAUCCUUACAAUUGUCACGACGGAGGUAUUUGACGACAGCUGGAUAGUUGUCAAUAAACGUACAAUAACUCUAGGUUCUAGUACUAUGCCAGACAUUAUCGCGAUGGCUUGCCUAUCGACUGUGGAGCCAACCCGCAUAAACAGGUACGGACACAACCUGAUCGAAUUUUUAAAACCUGCUUCAGACCGUUUAAGCUGUUACUAGGCGUGUAUUGAUGGAUCAAGGCAGGCUGCGUGGCUAUCGAGCAUUUACUUGGCAGUCGGAUCUGUGCUCAGCUUUUUCCUGUCUCCAAUGCUUGGGCAAGCUUCAGAUAUCUAUGGACGCAAGCGCUUUCUUGUCUUGAGCCAAAUUGCGAGAGUUGGCUUGCCAUUCUCCGUCGCAUAUUUUAUGCAGGCUCAAGGAUCCAUUAUUCCUUAUUUCGUGUUGAGGCUGAUAGACAAUGCUUUUGAGUAUGAAGACUUCUUGCUCAUUCUGUCUAACAGGCAUUGUUGUAACCUUUUUUGUGUUUUCUUUUCCAGGACGGGUGGUGUCAUAAACGCUGCAGCCACCGACAUCGUCUCUCCUGACUAUCGUGCGACUGCGUUUGGCUUACUUUCAGCCAGUGUCGUUGUCGGCUAUUGUUCCAGUGCUUUCGUUGCUCCAUUCUUCUCUCGCGACGUUAUCCUUCAAAUUACUGCCGGUAUCUUCAUACUUCGCGUCGCCUGGGCAAUGGUGAUUGUUCCAGAGACAUUACCUGCCCGAACGUACAAGAGCAAUUCUCGGUGGACAAUUGAGAACCCGUUCAGCUCCAUCUCCAUCCUAUUUCGCAGCAAAUUGUUCAUCACCCUAGCGAUUUUAAUCGCGUUGACGAGUGUUGUUUCAGAAGGCACCUUCCAGAUUCAAACAUUCUACCUGAAUACUGUUGUGGGGUUCGACAUGACGGAUUUCGGCAAUUUGAUGCUGUUUAACGGCGUUUUAGCAGUUAUAGGGCAGGGCCUGCUACUCGAUCCGCUGGUGAAGUGUGUUCAAGAGCAAGGGGUGAUCAUUAUGGCUCAGAUCGGGAGCUUUUUGAGUACACUCGGGAUUGUGGGCACGGCAUUUUACCCGCACAAGUGGCUGGUAUACAUGUUGAGUGUACCAGAUUGCGUCAGUCAGCUGUCGUUCCCAGCCAUUUCGGCGCUGAUGUCGUUCUCUACCCCAGAAGAGGAGCAAGGACGCUUACAAGGUGCAAUUUAUGCUGCUCAGUCGAUCUUCGCAGCCAUCGGUCCAGUCGUUUUCUCUCUGCUGUACACCGCCAUGACAAAGAAAUCGCAAUGGUCCCAAGCGUUCCCGUUCGUGAUCGCUUCGGUCAUUUAUCUUGUCGGGGUCGGCUUGGCUUUCUCGCUGAAAGUUGUAGGAGACUCGAUUCCAAGCGACACUGCAUCAACAGCCUCUUCGAACGAUGAAGACAACGACAACUGCGAACCGGAGAUGGAAGAAGGUGGAAAGAUCGAUCAAAUCAUUUCUGCGAGCAACACAGCGGAGGAAGACGAGCAAUCCCUCACACAACCAUUGCUGGGAACUAGGCUGACUUCAACACGCUACUUUACGGAAGUGUAAGAAUUAUUCGUAAGCUGCUCACAAACACAAACAAAACGGAAUUAUUCGUAAAAUAGUCCGUUUUCUAGGGUUUUGAAGUUC